AUGUCCACUGCAGAAUCCCAAAUAGACAGUGACUACAAUCUUCACAACGUCAAAACCCAAGAAUCAGAUAGCUCUGAAGCUUCGGACAAUGUUGAAGCCCAAGAAUCAGAUAGCUCUGAAGCUUUGGAGGAAGCACCAGUCCGCACUUGGAAAACCCAAGCCCGUGGAAGUUUUCAAGAAAGAUAA